AGAGCUUCACAACAUCAAGGGCUCUGACAGUUCAUCAGAGAGUGCACACAGGAGAGAAGCCUUACUCCUGCUCCGACUGUGAAAAGAGUUUCUCCCGAUUGGAUAAGUUAAAUAGGCACCAGCUAAUACAUACAGGAGAAAAGUCUUACGUCUGCUCUGAGUGUGGGAAUUGUUUCGCCCAAUUUAAUACCUUAAAAUCUCACCAGCGUAUGCACACAGGAGAGAGGCCUUACUCCUGCUCUGACUGUGGGAAGAGUUUCUCUCAACUGGGAAGCUUACAAACACACCAGCGUAUUCAUACGGGAGAGAAGCCUUACUCCUGUUCUGACUGUGGGAAGAGCUUUAGAACAUCAGGGGCUCUGACAGUUCAUCAGAGCGUGCACACUGGAGAGAAGCCUUACUCCUGCUCUGACUGUGGGUGCAGAUUCUCUCAAAGGAGAAACUUAAAAAACCACCAACAUAUACACACAGGAGAGAAGCCUUACUCUUGCUCUGACUGUGUAAAAUGCUUCACAACAUCAUAUGAGCUAACAGUUCAUCGGAGAACACACACAGGAGAGAAUCCUUACUUCUGCUCUGACUGUGGGAAGAGUUUCUCCCUAUUGGAUACCUUAAUCAAACAUGAACGUAUACAUACAGGAGAAAAGCCUUACUCCUGCUCUGACUGUGGGAAGAGUUUCUCUCAACAGAGUAACUUAAAAAGACACCAACGUUCACAUACAGGAGAAAAGCCUUACUCCUGCUCAGACUGUGAAAAGCGUUUUUCCCAAUUGGAUAAGUUAAAUAGUCACAAGCGAAUACAUACAGGAGAGAAGCCUUACUCCUGCUCUGACUGUGGGCAAAAUUUCUCCCAACACAGCAGCUUAAAGAAACACCAACGUAUACACACAGGAGAAAAGCCUUACUUCUGCUCUGACUGUGGAAAAUGCUUCACAACAUCAUCUGAGCUAACAGUUCAACAGAGAACACACACAGGAGAGAAGCCUUACUUCUGCUCUGACUGUGGAAAAUGCUUCAAAACAUCAUCCGAGGUAACAGUUCACCAGAGAACGCACACAGGAGAAAAGCCUUACUCCUGCGCUGAAUGUGGGAAGAGUUUCUCUCAACAGAGCAACUUAAAAAAACACCAAUGUUUACAUGCAGGAGAAAAGACUCACUUCUGCUCUGACUGUGGGAAUUGUUUCACCCAAUUAUAUACCUUAACAUGUCACCAGCGUAUACAUACAGGAGAGAAGCCUUACUCCUGCUCUGACUGUGGGAAAAAUUUCUCUCAACACAGCAGCUUAAAGAAACACCAACGUAUACAUAAAGGAGAAAAGCCUCAUAAGUUCUCUCAGACCAGCUAAGAUAAAGUCACUCCAUCACUUAAUUCUCAUGUCAUAAAAUUCAUCAACAUCAUUGAGCCAUCAACAUGAUUGAGCCCUGCACAUCUAUGUAAGAGUGGCAGGUAGCCUAGCAGAUAGAGCGUUGGGCCAGUGAAACCAAAAGUGAAAAAUCUGUCGACGUGCCCUUGACCAACAAAUUCUUAUUUAAAAUGACGACCUACCUCGGCCAAACCCGGACAACGCUGGGCUAAUUGUGCGCCACCCUAUGGGACUACCAAUCACGGCCGGAUGUGAUGCAUCCUGGAUUGGGAACGCCUAUCCAUUGCAGUGUAGCCUAGUUUUAUAUACACCAUCCCAGCAGCACAAAAACUAGGGAAGGAAGUCCAUUUUCGUAGAAAUAUAACUUUGCACUGUGCUUCUCCGUGCAUGGUCUUGGUAUAGCCUCUGCCUAUAGUAUAGGCUAUGGAUCAUGUUGGAUUCUAACUACUUUAUUGAACUUUGUAUAGGAAAGUUACUGUGAGGUGAGUACAGAAGGUGUCUGUCCAGACAUGUUUUGUUCUUGCUGUGUAUUAAUAUUUCUAAGGAUGGAGGUUAAGAGCAACAGGCUAGUCUCAGUUCCUGAUAAGUUAGGUUAGUUUCUAUGUAACUAGGGCAAGGAGAGAGGUGGAACUCAACAUCGAGAUGAGGACAACAGUUGAAGAGAGAAGAAACCUCUGGGAGGAGGGCGGCAGGGGUCCACCCCAACGACACUAACCACAGUCCUAUCUCACACACCUCUCCGCUCACGCUGCUCUGGACUCAGGCAGGGCCAUGACAAUGUAAUAAGUAAGAGGAACAGAGACUGAUUGUUUAUCUUAGAAGUGGUGAGUGGUGACUCCACCUAGUUGGAAGGUAUAAAUAUAUGCUUGUGUGACUUGUAUGUUGUAUUUGCAGCUGAAGCAUCCAGUGGGUUUAAUAAAGCUGGUUUGUGCUUUUA